AACUGAUCACUCACACUUCAUCAUGAGCAAGUCGGCAAGACCCUGCCGGAGCCAAACCUCUACAACGUCUGAGGAUAAAACGACCGACGGUGACUUGUCGGGGACUCAUAGCUCAGACUCAGUGACUGAGUCAAACUCAAGCUUAGAUUCCGGGACAGAGUCGAACAUGAGCUCUGACUCGACGGGACUCGCGGCGAUCAUAAGGGUCUUGUCUGAUUCUAUGCUUCGAAGGGAAUUGGCGGAGAUGGAGAUGAUCAAGGCUCGUGAAGCAGCUAGGUUGGAAGCUGAGAAGAGAAGGUUGGAAAUGGAAGUAGAGUUGACUCAGAUGGUGCUUCAGACUCAUUUGCAAGCGGCGGCGUCGUUACUCGUCGGAGAACAAAAGAGGCCUCCGGCAAGGAGGAAGAGAAAGAGAUCAGAAGGAGCUGAAGAACACGAGCCUUCCUCCACAAGAUAGAUCGUUUAACCUCAAAACACCCCUUCACUGUUAAAAGUCGAAUUAGAGAAGACAUUAACAAAUCUCUAAUAACAAAUGCUCUGUAAUGCAAUGCAGGAAAAGUUUUAGCUCUGUUGGGAUUACUCCAACUUAAAUUUUGAUUUCUUGUUGGAAUUCAAAGUCAAAGAAGUCAACGUCUGAAGAAUAACUCAACAGAAACUGUCUUAAGCCUGUGUUUGUGUUUGUGUUUGUGUGCGUCUUCUUGUAUAGUCUUAUGUGUAGGAGAAAGGAUAGUUCUUUACUCUUUUGUUCAACCUUUA